GCCCCGCUGGGCUCCUGCUGAGCCGUGAGCGGGCGAUGCCGCUCGCCGCCGGGCUCCUGGCUCCCGGGGCGCGGCGGCUCUCGGCCACUGCCCGCACUGCCCCCUCGGGAGCCCCGAGAGCAGGUUUGACUGUAGGUACCAAAGCGGGGACCGACGGCGCAUAAAGAUGCUGAAGGGUGCUUGGUUGCUCAGUUUGUUAACAGUGGCUGGGAUCUCGUGGACAGAGAGUCGCAAACCUGCCAAAGACAUUUGCAGCAAGAGCCGCUGCCCUUGCGAGGAGAAGGAGAACGUGCUGAACAUUAAUUGUGAAAACAAGGGAUUUACAACCGUCAGCCUCCUCCUGCCGCCCCCGUCCAAGAUCUAUCAGCUGUUUCUCAAUGGGAACGCACUGACCCGCCUGUUCCCCAAUGAGUUCGUCAACUAUUCCAACGCCGUGACCCUGCACCUGGGCAACAACGACAUGCAGGAGAUCCGCACGGGCGCCUUCAGCGGCCUCCGCACCCUCAAGAGGCUGCACCUCAACAACAACAAGCUGGAAGUGCUGAAGGAAGACACCUUCCUGGGCUUGGAGAGUCUGGAGUACCUGCAGGCCGAUUACAAUUACAUCAGUGCCAUCGAGGCGGGGGCGUUCAGCAAGCUGAACAAGCUCAAGGUGCUGAUCCUCAAUGACAACCUCCUGCUGUCCCUGCCCAGCAAUGUCUUCCGCUUUGUGCUCCUCACUCACCUGGACCUGCGGGGGAACAGGCUGAAGAUGAUGCCUUUUGCUGGCGUGCUGGAGCACAUUGGAGGCAUCAUGGAGAUCCAGCUGGAGGAAAACCCUUGGAACUGCACCUGCGACUUGCUGCCACUCAAGGCCUGGCUGGACACCAUCACCGUGUUUGUGGGUGAGAUAGUCUGUGAAACCCCCUUCAGGCUCCACGGGAAAGACGUGACCCAGCUCACCAGGCAAGAUCUCUGCCCUAGGAAAAGCUCCAGCGAUUCAAGCCAGAGGGAAAAGCACCCUGUCCUCUCAGACCCGCACAUCUCGAGGCUAUCGCCCACAGCCAACUCUGCCAUCAAUCCCACCAGGGCCCCAAAAGCCAGCCAGCCACCCAAAACUAGGAACCGCCCCACCCCCCGUGUCUCUGUGUCAAAAGACAGACAAAUAUUUGGACCUAUCAUGGUUUACCAGACCAAGUCUCCUGUGCCCAUCACCUGCCCAGCUGGCUGCAUCUGUACGUCCCAGAGCUCAGAUAAUGGCCUGAACGUUAACUGCCAGGAGAAAAAGAUAAGCAACAUCUCCGAUCUCCACCCCAGGCCAACCAGUCCAAAGAAACUCUACCUGACCAGUAACUAUCUGCAGGUCAUUUACAGAACCGACCUGGCAGAGUACAGCUCUCUGGAUUUGCUACACCUGGGGAAUAACAGAAUUGCCGUGAUACAAGAAGGUGCCUUUACAAACCUCACAAGUUUACGCAGGCUUUAUCUUAAUGGCAACUACCUUGAGGUUCUGUACCGCUCCAUGUUUGAAGGGCUGCACAGCCUGCAGUACCUCUACCUAGAGUACAAUGUCAUCAAGGAGAUCCUGCCACGCACAUUUGAUGCUCUGAGUAAUCUUCAUCUGCUGUUUCUCAAUAACAACCUGCUCAGAUCCUUGCCUGAUAAUGUCUUUGGAGGCACUUCCCUCACCAGGCUCAACCUUAGAAACAACCACUUCUCACACCUGCCUGUGAGAGGAGUCUUGGACCAGCUCUCGGCUCUGAUUCAGAUAGACCUCCAGGAGAACCCUUGGGACUGCACGUGUGACAUCCUGGGGCUGAGGAACUGGAUAGAGAAGGUCACUGACCAGAACAACCAGCAGUCCAAUCCCCCCGUGGUUAUCAAUGAAGUCAUCUGCGAGUCUCCCACCAAGCACUCUGGAGAGCAUCUGAAAUUUCUGAGCAAAGAAGCCAUAUGCCCAGAGAACCCCAACCUGGCAGAUUCUUCUGUCCUCUCCAUGAACCAGAACACAGAUACCCCCCACCUCGGUGUCUCGCCCAGCUCCUACCCAGAAUUACACACUGAAGUCCCGCUCUCCGUCCUAAUCCUAGGCUUGCUGGUUGUGUUUAUUUUGUCAGUUUGUUUUGGGGCAGGUCUGUUUGUCUUCGUGCUGAAGCGCCGGAAGGGGGUGCAGAGCAUGCCCAGCAGUGCCAACAACGUAGAUAUUAGCUCAUUUCAGCUCCAGUAUGGGUCUUACAACACCGAGACCCACGAUAAAACUGAAGGACAUGUUUAUAACUACAUCCCCCCUCCUGUUGGACAGAUGUGCCAAAACCCAAUCUACAUGCAGAAGGAAGGGGACCCAGUUGCCUAUUACAGGAAUCUCCAUGAGUUUAGCUACAGCAGCCUCGACCACAAAAAAGAAGACCCCACCGGUCUUGCAUUUACCAUCAGUGCAGCUGAAUUACUGGAAAAGCAGUCCUCACCAAGGGAACCAGAGCUGCUGUAUCAAAAUAUUGCAGAAAGGGUCAAGGAACUCCCCACCGGGGGAUUAGUUCAUUAUAACUUUUGUACCUUACCCAAAAGGCAGUUUGCCCCUUCAUAUGAAUCCAGACGCCAAAACCAGGACAGGAUAAAUAAAACUGUUUUAUAUGGAACUCCCAGGAAAUAUUUUGCAGAACAGUCUAAACCUGAGCAUCCUUUACUCCAAGGAAAGCUACAAACAGAACCAGACUACCUCGAAGUUCUGGAAAAACAAACUGCAAUCAGUCAGCUGUGAGGGGGGAGGUGGGAGACAAAAGGAAAUUUUUUUUUUAAAUGAGCUCAGCAUCACAUUUCUUUGGGUCUGAACUCAGUACUGCUGUCAUCUGUCGCAUCCCCAACAUUUCCACUUUUUUUAAAUCAGAGAAGGAGUGAGAGAGAAAAGGAACCCUUGCAGCACAGCAGGGAUGUGGUGUUGCUUUUACAACGUUCCCUUUAAGUUAUUUCUACGUCUCUCUCCUUUUGACCCUUCUCUAGGAACUGUCAUUGCAAAUGUAUCUUUCUGUAAUGGAUCUUGCAUAAUUCUUUUUGAUUUUGAAAGAAAUGAGGAAGGGGUUCUUUGGGGUUUCUGUUGUUUUUUUUUUCCUUUUCAUUUCAAAAUGGAAACUUAAUGUAUUAUGUAGAAGAUCUCCAAAGAUCUUUUUUUUUUUUUUUUUUUUCUUUUUUUCCUGGACUGUGACUUUCUUUUGUAAAUAAUAAUAUACAGUACUGCUGUUUCAAUUACCAACUAUAGCCACUGGGCGUCACUUUUUUGUGUUAAAGUGCCUUUGCACUUUAAGUACAUUAUUACUUAAUUGUUGCUCUUAGCUUUGAUAAAUUGAACCUAUUUUAAUGUGUUGUAUUUUUGAAAUUAAAAAAAAAAUUGUAAAAUAGAUCUAUAUGUCAGCUGCAUUAAAUCAGAAGGUUUGAUUUAUAGGAAAGCUGCCCUUCUUUAAAUGACUCUAGUUCUAGGACCUUACAGACUCAAAUGUAAAUUAUUGGGGUAUUUUUUUCCCUCUAGGUUUGUUUAGAGUGACUCACUGAUAUCAACUGGAAGGAUUUAGCAAUGGACUAGAGGUUAUCAAAUGCCUCAGCCGGGAAUAACAGCUCAUUAAUAAAAGAUGUUUAACACAA